AUGGUCGAAUGGAUGAGGUCGCGAAGCAGUGGCCCCGUGCACAACCGGCAGGUGUCGCCGGUUGCAUCUGAAGGUCUUCGCCGCGAGGUUAAAGCAGCUCUGGACGUCUUUGAGGAGGCGGCCUUCAGCGUCAUGGAGAAGUUGGUCCGGGCUGCCACAAACUCCAGCAGGCAAGACAACUUCCAGAAUGCAGCCACACACCUCCGACGGGCGCACCAGAUCGCUUCAAAGCACGCCUCCGACGGGCUUCUGGCAGGACGGGUCGCCCGUGCCACCAUAGGCGUUCAGUACUGCGCCCUGCUGUCCCAUGCCGCGAGACACAGCCAAGCCCUCAACGAGGCAUUGGCGGCCGUGGUGGAAGCCGAGGAAGUCUGGUGUCUUGUGAGAAGCUCGUCAGAGGCGUCCACGCAGCUGACGCGAAGAUCGGUCUGU